CUUUCUCUGUGACUUUGUUCCCCUUAGAUUUCUACCCUUGCACUCCAAAAUUCAUCCUUAUGCUAAAAGCCCUAAUUUUUUUUAAUCCCUAAUUAUGAUUUUGGGUAAACUGGAAAACUUGUGUGAUUUUGGGUAAACUGGAAAACUUGUGUGACUAUGUAAUUAUUUGGAGGUCUCCUUCUCCGUUAAUCGAUUUUGUAAUCGCGAUGGUUUUUUAAAAAAAUCAGCUGAAAUUCAAUUGGUUUUUGCUUUAAAAUUUGAUGGGUUUAACGCUAUUACUGAUGUUGAUCUUUUCUUUUUUUGGACAUAACAUUUUGGAUUGGUUUGAAAAUUGAAAUUAAGGCUUGCCGUAGAAGUUGUUCAAACACCUGAUUUUGAGGAAGAAGAGGAUAUAAGUAGAAGGAGAAGAGGGGGAAAGGCGAAAGGGAAGGGGAAAGAAAGGGAGGGAGGGGGCUCACGUCAGAUUUGUUGAAUUAAAACAAAAGCAUUUAAAACAGAGAAAGAAGCUUGAUACCUGCUCUCUGUUCUACAACUAUAAAAGAAGAGAUACUGAUGUGAUUAAUAGAAUCAAAAACUAAUGUGGUAAAUUUCUGAAUAUUGUAUGUAUUUUGAAGAAGAUGAAAUGUUUAUCGAGAUGCCUACCGAUAAAAAAACUAUUGCGCCAAGCUGGCUCUUCCAGAAGAGGAAGCGACAGUAUUCAGCAGAAAGAGCUUCUAAAAUCAAGCUCAGGAGACAUGAUGUGUAUGCAAAUCAGUCAGCUGAUAAAAAAGAAAUGCUUUUAGCACAACGACGAUCAAAAAAUAUUGAGUCGACAAGCCAAGGUCUCUUGGUUGAACAUACUGAAGUAGCAUCAUCUUCUGAGACUGCUACUGAGUUAUCUGGACAGAGAAUACUAAAAAUAGAGGAAUCGUGUUGCCUUCCUGAAAAAGGUUCGAUUGCUGGGCCAGUAGCUGGUUGUGACAAAGGAAAAAAUAUUACCGACCACUUCUCCGUUUUGAACAUGGCUCCAGCUCUGGUGUACCCUAUGAACAACAUCAUGCAGAUACAUCUAUCGUCACAAACAAAGCACUAAAUAAGUUGGCUUGUCGCGGCGGACGAGGCGAGCUUGAGGCGUUUGGAAGUGAAGAGCGAAGCAACACCGGCCGGAACGUGCAAGAGUUGCCAGUAGUUGACCGGGCGCAUCAAAGCUUACUUCCAGGUUCUUUUUUCACCGGGAGUUGGUAUCUCCUGGUCUCUUGUUUACUCUUGUUUACUCUGCACACCUUUUUACGUAUUCUAGCUAGCAUCAUGUGUGUGGUUUACGCUAUCGCUAUCUAGCUAGCACCCUUUUUCGUAUUCUGCUAAACUCCGUGUGUGCAUCACUGUUUUUUAUAGUCGGUUGGAGGGAUAGUGGCCGCGGCGGGGAAUGGUGGUGUAAGGUCAUGUCCUCG